AGGCGACACGGGCUCAGAAGGAGCUUCCUGCACAACGCAAGCGGCCGGAGCAAAGUGACAAUGACUGUCCUGUGUGACACGGCCGUGGUCAAGUCCCUGCUGCUGUUGACAUUGGGACUCACCCUCCUGGGGGAGGGGGAAGCUCGGAAACCCCCCAAAUCUGGGGAUCCUGGCCUCUGCCCUCCUCUGGAAGACCACACUGUGAGGGUUGACAUCCGCAUCCGCAGGCAGAGCCAGGGAAGUCUCCUCUCACACAACUUGCAGAACCGCUCCAUCUCCCCCUGGGAUUACAACAUCACCCGGGACCCCAACCGGUUCCCCUCAGAGAUCGCGGAGGCCCAGUGCAGACACACUGGCUGCAUCAACGCCCAGGGGGAGGAAGACUGGUCCCUGAACUCCGUCCCCAUCCAGCAGGAGCUCCUGGUCCUGCGGAGGGAGCCCCAGGGCUGUCCUGGCUUGUUCCGGCUGGAAAAGGUGCUGGUGACUGUGGGCUGCACCUGCGUCACCCCCGUGGUCCGCCACGUGGGUGACUCGAGGGUGGCAGAUCAGCUCAGCUGAAGAAGCUGUAGAAACGCCCCUGCUUAGCCAGCACUCUGUCAUGAGUCCAGCGUGGUUCCCAUCUCCCUCCACUUCCCAGGUCUCUUCGUAAUAUCUGCAUGGGAUCCUCCAGGCUUCGUGUUAGAUAGAGUCAUUUUCUGGGGCGUCAGAAUCUUUAUAUUGUCCUGAGAUGUUCCAAUGUCCCAACCCCCUAAAAAUAGAUGGAGGAGAAUGCAGGUCCCAUUCUGCUUAUGUGCUAUGAUGACCAUCUCCUGGUCAUACAGUCAGUGGGUGGGGGCUCUGCUUGCAAAACUGACUUCUGGGUCACAGAGUGCA